GUCGACUUCCGACGACUAACAGGAGACGGAGUUGUCACGUUGAUCAGCUUGUGACAGCUUGCACAGAACUUUUGCCAAUCGCUUUGCCUAAAAGAGAUCCGGGAGGCUUGCGCUAGCGAUUUCGCGAAAUUAAUGUCGUGGGUCGACGAGAGAAGGGAGAGGCUGACAGUCCGGGGAGUAGGUGAAACGAUGUUCUGCCGCUUUUAGGAAAUCGUCUGACAUGAUCGUACCCAAGUGUUGCCUUUUUAAUGAAUGACUUGUCGGGAACGGAGCAAGCAACGGGAAAAAUAUGGAAACUUGUAACGAAGGGGGCAACCGGACUCCGUCUGUCACCACGGUAAUGCGAAAAAGUUGGCCCGAACUGAGAGGCGUUGUUAGCGAUCUACGCAGAAAAUUGUUCGGGGUAUCGACCGGCUCUGUGCCUGGAUCCAUAACGUUUCGAUCCUUACCCGAUGGACGGACCAGGAUAUAUUUCCUCUGUAGUCCAAGCAACGGAUGGGAGACUACUCUAUUGUACGUGGACAUUGCGCAUUCCGAUCAUGCCAACGGAUAUCGUCUUCACUGGCAACCUGUGAUAGAAGCAAAUUUUCAAACAGUAUCGAGCACCAAAAGAUUGUCCAGAGAAGAACAACUGCUGUGGGAAAGGAAAAGAUUAGCGACAUGGGGCAUCACUAGCUAUGAAAUUCAUCCGGACAGUGGAAAAUUAGUUUUCCCAGCUGCGAGCAGUCUUUAUCAAUGUAUAGACACAGGAUUUAUGGCAGGACCUCUUUUUCCAUCCGAGAUUCGCAUGUCAACGUCAGGCGCAAAAUUAUGCCCACAAAUUUGUCCAUGGAAUAAUGCGUUAAUUGCUCAUACGUGUUCGGGGGAUCUAUACCUGUCCCAUAGUAUCACCGGUUCUUCGCUAAGAUUAACCCAUUCGAGAAAGGGUGGGCGAAACUUAGCGGACGAUCCUCUUACCGCCGGAACUCCUUCUUAUGUAAUGCAAGAAGAAUUCACUAGGUAUAUUGGUUAUUGGUGGCAGCCAAAAUCCAACGACGGUGUUUAUAGAAUAGUGUACGAAGAAGUUGACGAAAGCGAUGUAAAAAUAUUUUGCUUUCCUUCUACGUCAAAUUCCGAGGAAAUAGACGAAUUUAGGUUUCCUAGAGCCGGUACAUCCAAUGCCAGGAGUAAUAUUAAAAUGGUGCAGUUCCGGUUGACGGAAACGUUACAAAUCGUUGACACUGAAAUACUGGAGCUACAAUAUCCGUUGCACAUUUUGUUUCCAUGGAUGGAAUACAUGGUGAGAGUGGGGUGGACGCCCGAUGCGCAAUAUGUCUGGGUCCAGCUGUUGGAUAGAAAACAGCAAAAGCUUGAGUUGGUUUUAUUAUCGAUAGAUAAUUUUUGCGAGCCACCCCCAAACAUGUAUAAUUCCGAAAAUCACUUUACGCCGUCAUCGGCGAGCGUUCAAGUCAUAUAUUCCGAGCAGAGUUCGAUCUGGAUCAAUAUUAACGAUCUCCUCUAUUUUUUACCAUCCGACGAUUCAACGGAAGUAAAGUUCCUUUGGGGUAGCGAGGAAUCUGACUUUAGACACCUAUAUCUCAUAACGUCUAGUAUAGCAGGUUUAACCAACGAAGCGGAAGAACCUUUGGAUAGAAUGGAUAGCAUUUUUUUGCAACCUAGAGUCACUUCUAAAGUUGCUUUAACCCAAGGAGAUUGGGAAGUGUUAGGUAAAAAAUUGUGGGUGGACGAAACCAACUCUAUCGUCUAUUUUUGUGGAUUACGCGAGGGUCCGUUAGAGCAACAUGUUUAUGCCGUGUCCCUUCGUCGACCGCUUGAGAUAAGGUUGCUCACAAGGCCGGGUUACAGUUACAACAAUAUAUAUUUUAAUAAGGAAUGCACAAUGCUAGUGACCGUUUACAGCUCCAUCAAAACACUACCCACUUGUCAAGUAUUUAAAAUAUCGCUAACCGAUUGGACAGUGGAAAGUAUUUCUUUAACUCCCGUAGGUUAUUUAUUGGAACCAUCGACGCCUGAAUCGGAAUUAUUUGCUCCAGAGAUUUAUACGCAUAAAAUAUCGUCCGGCGAUUCAAUUUAUUCAAUGAUAUUUAAACCACAUAAUUUUCAACCCGGUGUCAAAUAUCCUACGAUAUUAAACGUUUACGGUGGUCCUGAAGUACAACUAGUAUCGAAUACGUUUAAAGGAAUGAGGCAUUUGAGAAUGCACAUGUUAGCUGCCCAAGAUUAUUGCGUAGUAUUAAUCGAUUCUCGUGGUUCGCACCAUAGAGGUUUAAUAUUCGAAAGCCAUUUGCAACACAGAAUGGGCACCGUCGAAUUAAACGAUCAAGUCGAAGUAUUGAAGUGGUUAGCGGAAACUACCGGUUACAUUGACCUAAAUCGCGUAGCCUUACACGGCUGGUCUUACGGAGGAUAUUUGAGCCUUAUGGGUCUGAUACAAUAUCCUGAAGUGUUCAAGCUGGCUAUCGCCGGUGCACCAGUCACGUCUUGGAAUUUUUACGAUACCGGAUAUACCGAACGUUACAUGGAUCUGCCUCAAAAUAAUCCUCCUGGUUAUAUAACUGGUUCGAUUUUAACGUACGUGGAUAAAUUCCCCGACGAAGAAAACAGAUUAUUGAUCAUUCACGGACUCAUAGACGAAAAUGUACACUUUUUCCAUACAAGUCAGUUGAUUAACGCCCUUGUAAAGUCUGGGAAACCAUACGAGCUGCAAGUUUACCCCAACGAAAGACACAGUCUUAGAAGUUUAGAUGCUAGUAAACAUUACGAAACUACGCUAUUAUCGUUCUUACAGAAUCAUUUGUGAAUUAUUUUUAUUUUUUUUUUUUUUCUCAACUAUACACAGUUUCGGCGGUGAAACGUUGGUUAAAACAAGAUUUUAACAGUUUAAGUGACUGCCAUUACUUUAUGUAUAUACAUGAAAGAAAUUAAAAAUUGUUCGUUGUAUCCUUGAGUUCGCGAUGGUAUUGCCUAACACGCAAUGUUUACCUUGGGCUUUGUAUAAACCGGAAUUAAAAGUAAACGAUGUUACGAUUUUUCAACAAAAGUGACAACGAGUUCCGAGUGUAAACGAAAAGACCUUUGUCCGCCAAUGGAACUAAAAAAUAAUGCAACAAAUUUAUAUGCAUAUACAUAUGUAUGUAAACGUGCAUCUAAUUCAAGUGCUAUAUACCAUGGUACGUAACCAUCGUGAAACUUACCGAUAACACAAUACGCAGCCUUGUUUAAUGAGCUACCAUAGAUCUUUACUAUAAUAAGGUUAAUUGUUACUUUUUUAAGAAAAUGGACAAUACUCGUAACUCCUUUGUACAUAUAUACAUACGCGUCAUUAGAUUUGCAUAAAUAAUUUCAGGAUUGCCCUUUAAUUGUACUUACAACACAUUCAUAGUCUUUAUUAGAAAUAUACUUGUGGCUGUCACCAUUUUACGUUUGACUAUGUACAUACGCGCGAGCAAUCAUUCACGUUUUUACAAUAAAUAUUA